AGCGUGGCGCGUUGAGUGAACUCUUCAGUAGGCCCGAUUCUUGGAGGGAGGCGCGUGGAGCCUCGCAGGUGGGGACGCUUCAGCAAAUCUCUUGGAAGGAGCCGGCGCCUUGCCUGCCCCAAGCGAGCUCUGAAAUGAGGAUGGAUUACGUUCCUGUCUCAAUAGUGGGCUGACCCUUCCGUUUGGUUAUGGAUGGGCCAAAUGAAGUGGAUUUUUCUAACAAUAACGUGGUGCCAUUGUGGAGAAGGAGGUCAGCCCACUUGCAUACAAAGAGCAAACCCAGGCCCCAAUCCUACCAGAGCUCUACUGGGGUCCUCUUCACAGAUUUCCCUGUGGAAGACAGGGAUACGUUCACUUUAACUCAACCUGCUGAAACAAUAAUUACUUCUCCGGACAGCAAAUCCAUUCAAAAGAGCUCAUUGCUUUUCAGCUGCAGCCUUGGUUCUGUGCCAAAUGGAAAGGUUCAGUUUCCAGAGCAUAAGACUCUCUCCCCUAAGCUUUCUGACCGAUCGUCUCAAAUCCUGAAAAUGGUUUCAAGUAAUUCUAUAAACUUUAAAGCUAGUGGUCCUAUAAAUUCACCAGGCAAUGAAGCGGUUCACCCAGGGAGGAACUCUAAUCAAGCAGCACUAAGUCCUGAGAAGGAACAAAUUGUUUUUACAUCAAGCCUUGGAUUGUCGCCUACGGAAAUCGUGCAUUCGCCAAAUAACAACACAACCGCCGCCUUAGCAUUGCAUACCAGCCAGCUUCCUCAAGACCCAGAGAAGGCAUCUGUUUCUCUGUCUGCUCCCUCAGCGCAGCAGCCUCUCCAGAGAGUGCUGUCGGAUCAGAAUGAGCUCACAGAGACACCACCCGUGGUUCUCAGUACGAAUAGUGCUGCUGCGUUAAAAGUGGGGAAGCAACAAAUCAUCCCGAAGAGUUUAGCUUCUGAAAUAAAAGUAACCAGCAAAGUCAACAGCCAGAAUGUGGAACCCAACAGAAGAGUUCUUAAAGUCCGCAGUAUGGUGGAGACCCUCAGUGCACCUUUGGUAGCUGAUGAAGAUAGAGACGCGGAAGGUGAUGUGGAUAGUCCAGGGAUGCUGAGACGUGGCUUAAGGUCCACUUCGUAUCGGCGAGCUGUUGUGAGUGGUGUUGACUUUGACACUGCUGCCAACUUUAAGAAGAAAAACAGAAUGUCCCAGCCAGUGCUGAAGGCAGUUGUGGAAGACAAGGAGAAAUUCUCUAGCUUGGGAAGAAUAAAAAAGAAAAUGCUAAAAGGACAAGGAACGUUUGAUGGGGAAGAAAAUGCUGUGUUGUACCAGAACUACAAAGAAAAAGCUCUGGAUAUAGAUUCUGAUGAAGAGAUAGAACUGAAAGAAAAGUCAGAUGAAAAGAUAGUUAUUCAGUACAAACCUCUGAGAUCAACAUGGAGUCAGUUGUCUGUGGUAAAGAGGAACGGCUUAUCCCAGACCGUCAGCCAAGAAGAAAGAAAAAGGCAAGAGGCAAUAUUUGAAGUAAUUUCUUCAGAACAUUCUUAUUUGCUCAGUCUGGAGAUUCUGAUCCGAAUGUUUAAGAACUCCAAAGAACUCUGUUCUACAAUGACCAAAACAGAAAACCAUCACCUUUUUUCCAAUAUUGCUGAUGUCUGUGAAGCAAGCAAGAAAUUCUUUAAAGAGCUUGAAGCGAGGCAUCAGAAUAACAUCUUUAUAGAUGAUAUCAGUGAUAUUGUGGAAAAGCAUACAGCAUCUACCUUUGAUCCUUAUGUGAAAUACUGCACAAAUGAAGUCUACCAGCAGCGGACACUCCAGAAAUUACUAUCUACAAAUCCAGCCUUCAAGGAAGGGUUGUCACGGAUUGAGUCCCAAGAAGAGUGCAGGAACUUACCUAUGAUUUCUUUCCUCAUUCUCCCAAUGCAAAGGGUCACACGACUGCCACUGCUGAUGGAUACUAUUUGCCAGAAAACACCAAAAGAUUCACCAAAAUAUGAAGUUUGCAAGCGUGCUUUAAAAGAAGUGAGCAAGUUGGUUCGGCUCUGCAAUGAAGGUGCUCGAAAGAUGGAAAGGACAGAGAUGAUGUAUACGAUUAACUCCCAGCUAGAAUUCAAAAUCAAGCCAUUUCCAUUGGUUUCUUCAUCUCGAUGGCUAGUGAAACGGGGUGAAUUGACAGCAUAUGUGGAAGACACCGGACUUUUCUCUAAAAGGACUUCUAAGCAACAAGUGUACUUCUUCCUCUUCAACGAUGUCCUCAUUAUCACAAAAAAGAAAAGUGAAGAAAGCUACAAUGUCACAGACUAUUCCUUAAGGGAUCAGCUGUCAGUUGAACAAUGUGACAGCGAAGAGCUGAAUUCCUCUCCUGUGAAAAGCAGCACGCCUAUGCUUUACUCUCGGCAGUGUUCAGCAAGUCACCUCUUCAGAUUAACUUUCUUAAGUAAGCAUACAGGAGCAGGAGAGAAGAUUGAACUACUACUGGGGACUGAAACGCAGAAUGAGCGGGCUCGUUGGAUUACUGCACUUGGACAGAGCUGUGAUAAACGGACCAUGGAUAGGACAACUCUGACCCAGGUUGAAGUCAUCAGAACAUACACUGCCAAGCAAUCAGAUGAACUGUCCCUCCAAGCUGCUGAUGUGGUUUUGGUCUAUCAGAAAGUUAACGAUGGUUGGUAUGAAGGAGAGCGAUUGCGUGAUGGUGAGAGAGGGUGGUUUCCAAUGGAAUGUGCCAAGGAGAUCACAUGUCAAGCCACAAUUGAGAAGAACAUGGAGCGAAUGGGACGUUUGCUUGGCCUUGAAACAAAUGUAUAGACUCUUUCUGCUGUAUCUAUACUCUAGAUUUGCACUACAUGAAGUCUCUAGUGUUGUGGUCUCCUCCAGAAGGUUCCUUUACAGCUGUUAACAUGGUGCAGGGGGGAUUUUGAGUCUGUGCAACAACUUGGAAUAGAAACAGCAAGCAAUCGCAUGCAAAUAGGCUUUCCCCCGUUUAAAUAUUCUACCACUUAAAGUUAUUUGAAUGACAAAUGAAUUUUUACAAACCACUUUUAAAUAAAGGUUAAUUUUAUA